GUGAGUGUGUGACAGUUGAGUGUUGGUGUUGUGUUGUCUCACACUGUUUCUCAUGUUUCUCUUGCUCUCAUUUAUUCCAUUAUUCACUGGAUGAACAUCAGGAUCCAAUAGUUCAACGUCAAGUUAAUCAGCCUCAGUCUUCAGGUUCACUUCAGUUAGCAAAACAGGCAAGUCAGCAACUACAGCAACUUGUUGGUCAAAUGGAGAAAGAACAAAGAGAGACAAAGUCAAAACUAGAUCAAGAGAUUGCUGAGAAAAGGCAGCUGAGUCAGGAAGUAGGCCGUGCUCAAGCACAACGUCAAAAUGCUGAAAAGGCUCUUGAAGAGAAGGAAAAACAACUCAGUCAAUAUUGGAAAAUCCUGGAAAUUCGGCAAAAUGAAUUACGACUUGAUGGCAAAAAAUUGGGAUCUGGAUCAUAUGGAGUUGUUCAAGUGGGUCACUGGUGUGAUGUCCCUGUUGCUGUCAAAACGUUUCAUGAGAAUCUGAGGCUUCCUCAACUGGCACCAGUUUUCAAGAGAGAACUGACCAUCUGCAGUCAGUUGCAUCAUCCCAACCUCGUGCCUAUCUAUGGUGGUGUGAUGAAGAAUGAAAUUCCCAUCCAAAUUGUGAUGGAGCUUCUUCAAGGCUCACUUAGCGAUCUAAUGAAGGCAGCGCAUGCUUCAAAGAGCUACCAUUGCUAUCUGUCAUUCCGAGAGCAAAUCGACGUAGCGACAGAUACCACUGCUGCCAUUACGUAUAUGCAUCGCCUGCGUCCUCAGCCUUAUGUUCAUUGUGAUAUCCGUACUACCAAUGUGAUGAUCACUCGUGAUAUGGUAGCUAAAGUGGGUGAUCUUGGUGCAAGUCACAUUAUCAACAGCAGCAAGUCUCUAGGUGCUCUGAGUCCUGAAUAUUGUGCACCUGAGAAACUUCCUCGCAGUGAUGGUAGCUCAGCUCGCAGCACACGAGAGUCUGAUGUUUACAGUCUGGGUGUGACCCUGACUGAGUUGUUUACGGGUCUGUCACCAAUUCCUGCAGAGAGGCAAAAUCAAAUACGAAAGAUCAAAAAUCCUGAUCUGUUGGAUAUGUGCUUGCAAAUGACACAUGAUAGACCUGCUGAACGACCAACUGCUGAGAUGGCUUUCACCAUUCUGAUCAACCAAAAGUCAGUUGAUUUAUACAGAUCAAUUGGAGGAAGGAGGACUGUUAAAGGAAACUUGGAAGGCGAGGAUAUGUAUCUUGUUGAUUUCAUGCAUUCCUAA